AUGACUGAUCUCUAUUCAACUGAUAUUUCAUCAAUGCAAAGAAAUUACGAUGAUCAAGAUGAAAUGUUAUCCAUACUAAAUAAAAUAUUGGCAGACAUGAUCGUUCAAGACCGAGAAAAAAUAAUUACGAGAGAAUUACAAGGACCAAUUGGUCAACGAAAAAGAAAUACUGGUUCUCUUUCGGGCAGUUAUUCGGCACCAAAUGGAUAUGGAUGCACAAGUCAUAAUAAAUAUAUACCUAUUCUUGUGUAA